AUGGCUGCGGGCAGUUGUGAUGAAGGAAGACCGAGUUGUGAGAAUUGCAAAAAGCAUCAGGUCCAGUGUUCAUUUUCUGCGACCGCUGGGGGUGCACCUUCUCCCCCAGGAAUUCCAGGCACUCUUUUGAACAAUGAUGAUGCUAUGUCAGGUACUGGUCAGACAAGCGGUAUAACGUCAGAGCUCGCCAUAUCUGGUCUAGAGCUGCUGCAUCAUUUCUCAACUUCAACCGCGUACACUUUCUCCCAGCACCCGGUCAUCCAAACUUUCUGGCGUCUCAAUGCCCCUCGAAUAGGCUUCUCCGCUCCUUAUGCACUCCGGGCUAUCCUGGCUAUAUCUGCUCUCCAUCUGGCACAUUUGCGACCCAAUCAGAAGCAAUUCUAUGUAAAUCAAGCCGAAUAUCACCAUGAUGCCGCAGUGAGACAAGUGACACCGAACAUCACGCAUCUGAUGCAGGACGACAGCGCCGGUUGCUUCUUGUUCUCAAUUCUUACCAGUUUCAUAGCCUGCGCCAAACCUAGAAAACUGGACGACCUGUUGCUUUUUAGACGAGGAGAAAUCUCCGAGUGGCUGGUGCUUUUCCGGGGUUCGGGAACGAUUGCCAAAUAUGCCUCAGAGGCGUUAUGGUCCGGUCCCAUGGCGGCCAUCCUUAAUAUCCGCAGCGCUCGUUCGAAAGUUCGCAAAAGCCUGACGGCUGACGAUAAAAGCUCAAUACCCGACGUGGAGCGUCUGAUCCGAAAAGAGGUUCAUAAUGAGGACAAUUUUCUUGGAUGCCUGGGAAGAAAUGAAAUGGGCGUAUAUACCGUGGACAGACCAAUGUCCUACACAAUGGGAAACGGACGACGUAUUUGUGUGGCUGCUGAGUGUGUCACAAGAAUAUCUGGAACUCCUGAUGGAGCAGCGACCGGUGGCACUGGUAAUUUUUGGUUUCUUCUGCCCCCUCCUGCGUCGACUGGAGUGGAUGUGGUGGAUUGA